AUGGUUGACGCCCAACCGUACGUUAUCCGUGCGAUGGAGGAGAUGGGUUUGGCCGACGGUGGCUUCAUACCGAUCGCAAAUGAGGAGAACAAGCAGCUGAUGGAGCUGAUUAACCGACUGUCCCGAAGCAAGACGGUGUCGUCGGGCAAGGUGACGGUUAGCGAUCAAAGGUUGGGCAAUCUGAAAGUUCAUCUCAAGAACGCGCAACUGGAGUUUGAGCAAAACUCCAAGCUGAUCGGUGUGGACAAAAGCCAAAUCAACAGCGAGCACGGUUUGCUAAAGGUGUCCCAAAACGAUCGGUCCUUCUUCCGGCAGCAACUUUCGGAUGCAAAAAAGGACCACUCGGAGUUGAGGAAGCAUGAUGAGCGCGCCCAAGGGGACAUGAAAAAAUUGACGGGAAACGUGGAGAAGUAUACCGAGCGCAUCAAGUGGGCGAAAGGGACACUGGCCGAAUGGAAGCAGGUGAUGGGAGAUGGCGACAAACGGAUCAAGCUCAUUCAGAAGUACAGCAAACAGGACACCAGUAAGGCCGAGGCGCUGGAAGCGAAACGGAAACAGUUGGAAAACCGGAUGGCCUCACGCCGGGCGGUGCUCGUCACGCUGUACGAGGAGUACAAGUCGUUGGAGCAGGUGCUGGAACGUACCUCGCAGCUUUUCCGCCAAGCGCACUACGAACGGCGCCACAUGGUGCAAACGUGGAAGGAAGCGGUAAAGCACAUGAAUCAACGGGAAGCCGGUAUAAAGUCGGUGGAGCAGGAGAUUGAUAGUGCGCGCGAGAUAACGGAGAUGCUGCAGUGUGACUUGCAGGCACAGGUCGAGUUUCUCGAGCAACAGCAACGAAACAAUCACGAAAUAGAGCUCCGCAUAGCCGAUCUCAACGUCGAGGUGUCGAAACUUCGCAACAGGCUUACGGCGCUCAAUGAUAGUGUACAGCUGAAAACGAACGAGUACCAAAUUACGCGCAAAGCGGUACAAAAUUUGUCGAACAAACUGUCCACGAUGCGGAACCGCAAUCGGCACGCGCUGACGGAAGAGGAAGAGAAGGAGCGGCAGAUCCAUUCGAACCUGAGCGAGCUCGAGCUGCUCCGCGACAAGCUGGACAACUUCCGGAGCAAGAGCCUGUGCGCACAGGACCGGUUGCGGCAGCUGAACGAUAUCGUGGAAUCGGAAGAAAAGCAAAUCCGCGCAAUGGAGACGGAAACGGAACGGCUUUCGGCGGCCAUGUACCGUGCCCAGCAGCAACUGUUCGCGAUGAAGGAGGAGGAAAAGCUGCUGAAGGUGGAGGUACACUCAACCGAGUCCGGGAAGACAAAGAUUCGCGCUGCAAUUGUAAACAUGCGGAAGGAUAUUAAACGACAGCUCGACAUUUCGUACAACGUUGACUACAAUAUGGAGAAGGUGCAGGAAAGGAUCGUCAAUAUGCAGGGCGCUGGAGAUACGCAGGAAGCAGCAAAUCAAGCCCAUGCUAAGCUCUCCGAUGCUCAAAACAUUCUGCUGGAGAAGAAACAAGAAUUGGGCAUGUUCCAGGCGCAAAUGGUUAAAAUGCAGCAGGACUACCGGCAAUCGAGUCUAGUUUUCCAACAGGACGCAGCGGAAAUCGAGCGCAUGUCGGGCAAGUCGAAGGAGAAGACGCUGCUGGUCGAGGGUGGCGAGAAGAAGGUUCGCCAGUGUAAGGCCGACAAUCAGGAGCGACUGGUGGAGAAGAGUUUGCUUAAAAUGCGCAUCAAACAAAUGGAGCGCCAGCUGGACAGUCAGAGCGACAAAAUGUAUACGCUUGAACGGCACCGGAUGGAGUUGGAGGCAGCCAUCGGGAAGCGUAUGGUGGACAUUAACGCACAGAAGGACAUGUUGGUGCUGAAACGGAAAUAUCUUGCCGAAGAGCGGGCGCAACUCCGUGCGGACAUUACGGAGCGUUCGCUGAAGAUCGACCAGCUAAAGAAUCGGUACGAGCUGUCGCUGGAUCUGUUGGGAAAGAACGAGGACGGUUCGAUUGUGACAGCGACGCAGAUCAAAAUUCAAACCGCCCAGGAAAAGUACAUGCUGCUGCGGGAGGGUAGCGAGCUUAACGUUAAGAUUCUUAAAGCCGAAGAAGAUCUGAAGGCGCUCGAGAAUUCGCUCAAGGUAAUGAACUACGCCAACGACAAAUAUAAGCGUGGAUUCCAGAAGGUGGAAGACGAAAACCCGGAUAUGAUUGCAAUGGAAAACAUUCAGGAAGACUACUGCAAAGCCGUGGGUGCGUUGAAGAGCGUGCGGUCCGAUUUGGCAAUGAACACGGAGAACUUACACGAUCUGAACGAAUGUCGGGAGCAAAACGAUAAAGCGCUGGAACAAGCGCAAAAAGUACGGCUGGACAGUAAUGACGUGCUGCUGCGCAUCCAGAAGGAGUUGCUGGAUCAGCGGACGAAGAUUCAGCGCGCUGAGAGAGAGCUGAAGCUAGCAGUUAAGGCGGCAAAGGCAAAAACGAACGAUGAUGAUCUGAUGCUGAUAUUCCAGAAGGAUCUCAACCUGAAGGAAUUGGAAGAGCGCAACAGUAACGCACUGCAGCAUUUGGCCGAUCUGGUGGAGCAAAACAAUGAGCUAGCUGCGUCGGUCAGCAAACAUUGCUACGAACGGGGCCUACGUUUGCCGUUAAUCAAGCGAACCAAGAGUCAAAUAUCGUGGCGAAGUGAAAAUUCACACGGCACGGAGUACAGCGGUCGCGUUGAUACGAUUUCGUCCAAGCAAGCGUCUCGUCUUUCGGUUUGCACCACUACAUCGUCGCGCAAUACGGAUUCUUCCGACGACAUAGCGAAAUCGUUCGAUAAUCGCAUGAGUGCGGGGCUUUCGGUCAUCCUGAUUGACUUCCCCGGAAGCAAGGCAACCGGCGGUAAGCCGGCGAAGAAGUAA